CCAAGAGUGUAGCUACAGUUACACCACUUUAUACUCGAGUCUAUAUCCACUCUUGACAUCACCACACCUCACCUCGGCAGCAAAGAUGGAGAUGCAAAAUGCCAACCCCACGAUCCUCAGCAUCGCCGACCUUCCCACACGGAAGCCCGCGGCUUCCGCACGGCCAAAGCGAGCGCAUGCGUUUCUUCCGCCGACGUACGCGGCCGACCCGUUCGCCGCCACCUCCGACCUGGUGGCCGACGAGGGCACGGACGAGAGUGAGGAUGAUGAUGAGGCUGAUGGUAUCGAUGCACAGGAGAUCUACGACCUCGUAGCAACAAUGUGCGAUCCCGAACACCCAAUCACCCUGGGCGAGCUCGCCGUGGUCAACCUGGAGCACAUCUCGGUUCGCGAUAACACUGACGAGCUGACCGCAAACGUCACCCUCGAGUUUACACCCACCAUUACCCACUGCCACCUCGCGACGGUGAUAGGUCUGGGUCUAGUAGUGCGGUUGCAGCAGGCCUUGCCCCCAAGGUUCCGCAUCGAUGUUAGGUGCAAGGAGGGAACUCAUACGACCGAUAAGCAGUUAAACAAACAGCUUGCGGAUAAGGAGCGGGUCAUGAGUGCUCUGGAGAAUGAGACAUUGAUGGGGCUGGUGGGGAAGAUGAUUGAGACUUGUAAAUAAAUUUACGGAGGGAUAGCUGGGAUGGACCACGGCGUUUUUUAAUUUCGAUUUCUGUUGGGUUGGCUUGCACACUCUUUAUACCUUCACAAUCACUCGUUGUUUGCAGAAUCUAUUCGCAUUCUCUGCCG